GCACACACACACGCGCGCGCAUCUAUAUAAAGGAGGCACGCGUGUAAAAAAAAAAACCCGAGCACACUCCCACCCGCCCUUGUGCAGAUAACCAGAACGAUAGGGCGAGCAAUUAGGCUCGCGUGGCAGAUCCGAUAGCAAUUAAGCGGGCAUCGGAGAUCUUUGCCAUACACUAGCGUCACUGGCGACGCGGUGCAGGUGUUGUGCGUGAGUGACUUGAUCCGUUGACACGAUCUCCAGACCGACAGCAUCGUCGUCGUCUUCUUUUGCCGGAAAGAGGAGUCAUGUCGUCAACUGAUGAGCCGACGAUAACCCAGCGCCCGGGCAGGGAGAAAGACUGCCACACCACCUCCAUCCCCGUGGAGUCGUGGGGAAAGGAAGGAGGACCCAGCCCUGCAGACUGGUUGAAGACCGCAGUGGCCGGUGGUGGUGGUGGUGGUGCUGGUAGUUCAAAGAAAGGCGGAGAUGUUGACCUCCACGUGUCCACCACGACCAUCACCACCACGGCGUCUGGCGGCGGCGAUGGUUCGUGGGACGAGGUGGAUGGGGAAGCGAGGAGAAGCGACGAGACGUCCAGAGAACUCUGCGACACAGAAGUGUCCGUGAUGACGAUGGAAAACGCCCAGACGUGGGACCAGAAAGGACUUCUGGAGAGCAGCAAGCGGCUGAAACCGCACGAGGCGCAGAGUCUGCGCAAGAAGGCCCUCUGGGUGUCGUGGACCUCCAUCGCCGUCACCAUCAUCCUCUCCAUCUUCGCAUUCACGGUGUCCAUGCUGCGCUAUAGCCCAUCAUCAUUCGGUUUUGCUGUGGACGCCACUCUGGACGUGCUGUCGUCCGUGAUCGUGGCCUGGCGCUACAACAACGCAGCGGCCGUGCACUCGGCCUACCGUGAAUACGUUGCCUGCUGCGUGCUCGGCGGCGUCUUCAUGCUCUCCUCCAUGUGCAUCAUCGGGAAGUCUUCGCACGACAUCGCUCACAAACUCGUGCCCAAAGUGGAUGCAUUUCUGCUGAGCGUGUCGGUGCUGAGCGGAGUUCUCUGCCUCGGCCUGGCCGGGGUAAAGUUCAUCCUGGCGAGGGCCCUCACCAGCCGGGCACUCAUGACCGAUGCCUUCAACUCGUUGGUGGGAGGCAUCAUGGGCUUCAGCAUUCUCUUCAGCGACGAGGUGUUCAAGCACAACCCAUCCGUGUGGUACAUGGACGGUCUCAUCGGCAUCCUCAUGGGCAUCAUUAUCAUGCUCUACGGCGUCAAGCUCCUAGUGGACAUGAUACCCCGAAUGAAACAAACACAGAACUACGAAAGCAUGGACUAACAUUCUGCUGUGCCAGUGCCCUCCUCUGCAUUACACCUUGCUGUGCUCUCUUACUCUAUCUCAUACCUCUUUUCCACUGCACACCUGAGCCGUGCCAGGACCGGGUCGAGCCAGCAUGGCACGGGUCAGUAGGCACCAGCUUGCUUUUCCACUGCAGAAGCCGAGCCGUGCCGUCGACAUCGCAUGCAAACGAACGGGUGGAGACGCACGUGGAUGACGCGGUGAUGCCGUGUCCUCGCAGCGCUGAAUGCCCCUGGCCCUGGCUGACCGCAAGCCAGAGUCAAACGCAUUGUGAGGCCGGCGUAAGCGAGGUGUUUGCUUUUUAGCUCGGCACGGCAAAGUAGCCAGUGGAGAAUGACCCGUUCUGUGAGUGCCCCCCCCCCGCCCCCGCACUGGCUCUGCUUGGAUGUGCCAGUGGAACAGGGGUAUAUAUAUAUGUGUUCAACAAAAUUUGCUUAUUAUAGUCUGUGGUGAUAGAAGGUCCACGUAGUUGAAUUGUAAGGACAUAGCUUACCACGUUUUCGGCAAAAGCACAAUGCUUUAUGAACUCGUAGGGUUGCUGCGUUGCUGGAAUUGAGCGUUCAAUAUGAGCUCCACAAUAAUCGUAUCGUUAGUUUGACUAAAUAUGGUUGUGCGUGAUUAUUUAAUUUCCUGCAAAAUAUUAAUGAAACAUGAAAAGCACAAUAAUUCAAAUUCAAAAUAAACAGGUAUUACCCAUUACAUCAGUGGUUUGCUAAAUGUGUUCCAGGGUAUUUGAUGGAUGGCGAUUAUACAAUGUCAUCAUUUUCUUAGUUGCUUUGAAAUGUUUUUUUUUUCACGUGACUGACAGCACGUGCGUUUAAAAAGUGUCGUAAUGGUCUGCCACGAUUAGAAGUUUCAUGGCAUGUGUACGUUGAGUGAACUUCAGUUAAACAAUUUCUAUUCCUACUGGAAGUACAGCAAAGCACACAAACGUUACACAAUAUGUAAAAUACAAUUUACAACUUAUGGCGAACUAAUAUCUAGAUAAUCGUCGUAUAAAAAUGUGCAUCAUAUGGUUUUACAAAAAUUACAUCGCGGCAACCCUACUUACUAGCAAUUUUUUUGUAGUAAAAACACUCAAUACCAGCAGAUCACAUAAUGGAAAACUGCGCAAUUGUUAAAUCCAGCAAGCGGGCGAGGGUUUGUGGAAUUAACAUUGAGACCAUCAGCCUAUCGGCCUUCUGGAUCUUACUUGACUUCUGCCCCCCACAUCGCUCUUCGGUGGCAUCGGAGGUUCGGCCGACUCAUCUCGGUGUUGGCGAAAACCGAGCGAACGUUAAAUAGGUAUGACCGCGACACACGCUUUGUCCAAAUUGUGUUUCAAAUAUGAUGUUCGGCAUCAUGCUCCCACCCUCAUCCACGGGAUGAAGAAAUGCCCGUUCGAAAUUCUUGCGUGGCCCCGUUUUUUAAUUAGGGAGGGGAGGGGCGGGAACUCACCUUGGUCCACAUCUAUGGACGCUGCUGCACUUGGACAAAUGUAAGUUAACAGCACACAACGUCAUUUCGUUUGUGUGCGGUCAUUUGGUGAACGACCCGAGACCAUUAACUGGGAGCAAUUGGCAACGCAGUUUAAUAGUGGGCGGCUGAAACGUGGAAUUUGAACUCGGCAGGGCUGGCUUGGCGCUCUGAUAUCGUAUCCACCCGGCCACCAAUUGAUAAACAUUUAACUGUGAAGGCAUAUACGGCUGAUGGAUUAAACCUUCUGUUCUUCGUGGUGAUUAAACAAACUCCCUAUUCAUUUAAAUACUAUUGUUCGAGGCGCAUUAUCUGCCACCUACGUGUGUGCGUUUGCGUAAAAACAUUAUGGCAUAACGCAGUGCCGGACACGUGAGCACAGAAUAAUCCAAGCACAUUGUCUUAAACAAAUAUGUUGAAGGCAUUAACUGUCGGCAUUGUACAAACGCUCGACGUUCACACUGUUAACACGCCAUUAAAUAAACAAAUCGUUUGCAGUGUUUACUUUUCAGACUUUUAUAAGCUUUGGGGUCAAUACGGGGGGGGGGGGGGGAAUUAACAGCACAACAUCGUUACAUUGGCUGUAUAUUACAAAGUUCGCAGUUGCAUUUAACCAAAAUAAGGUCACAUUAUGUUUAGAUUGUCGGAGUAAGGUAAUCAACACUGCUGCGUAGGGAUGCGCGGUUAUGCUGUGUCGCUCUGCUGCCGAUGUGUUUUCAGGUUUAUACUGCGCGUUGUUCGAAACGAUGUCCGACGUUGUACUCCGCGUGUUAGGGGUCAAUCUGUUUGAAGCAAUAACCUCUAAAGGACGUACAUGGGGGGGGGGGGGGCGUCGCGGUGGCGAGAUGUUAACAACCUCGCCUGGUAUACAGGAGGCGUGGGUUCGACCCCGACCCUGACGCCUGCUGCUGUAUAUUUGGAGUUUGCGGUGUCUCUCUCCCCGCGGUCGCGUGGAUUUUUCUCCGGGUCCUCCGGUUUCCCCCUCCACAUUUAGAAUCAACAGCACGCGUUUCGAGUACUAUAUUUGGCUGCUGUCAAUUUCCACGUGACGACGAUGAGCCACUUCGUUGAGCUUUCACAUGGUGGCCAGGUCGAUUCUGAUAAAGAGCUAUGUGGCUCAAGUGGGUAAGAUUUAAACAUUUUAUUUUAGUCUUAGUUUAAUAUACAUACGCCGGACAAUCGUGCCAAACUAUGCGAGGUACAACCCGAACAUUUACCGGUGAGGCAAGGUUAAGUCUGCAGUAUUGGAUUUGUUUGUAGUGGUCAGGUCAAGGUUUACCGUGAAAGAAAUAUUCGUGGAUUUGCACCGGGAAACAAAAAAAAAGCAUGUGCUUUUACUGUGUUGCAAUAACAAUGUCCAUUUACGACACUAACGUCUAACUUGCUCGUUCAAUUUAACUUUUGUUCAUAAACUCAUUUAGACUAUUGCUGCGCCCGUCGUAAAAUGAGUCAAGUAUUACCAAUCGCCACUUCGCACAAUGCAGCGCUCACGUUAAGCAGUUAUUAUUAUUUAAAAAAAGCGUCAACAAUUAUUCUUUACAAAUAAAAUAAAACCUGUAAAUGGUGAACGUUGCGUAAUAACUUGCAUAAAAAAUUAAUUUGUAUCCGUUGCAUAACAAAAUCACCGACAUAUUCACAGUUUUAGCAUAUUAAUAUAUACACGUAUAUGUAUAUGAUAGCAAUUUUGAUGUCAUGGGUAUAAUAUCCUGUGUGCGUGAACGUAUAUGCAUUACGUGCCCGUGCAUGUGGUUGUGUAUGCUUUAUACUAAGUGGUAAUGAUUGGUUGGAAAGUACAGUGCAGUAUGUGUGUAUGUUCCACUUUUAAGCUUUGCCACUGCAUUUCUGUUGUCUCAUUUAGACGAAGAUGGCAAAAAAGAAACCGGUCGUAGGGUUUGCUUGAGUGUAGUUUUUUUUUUACUUCACAAAGACGGUGGCAAACAUUGCAUGGAAUCGUUGCAAGGGGCCGUUGAUGAUUUCCAACUUUACGGACUCGAUCCACUCUCCUCCAGAUCCCGCAGGAGCUGUCCAGCAGACGAACGACCUCGCGACUUCGGAUCUGGUCUAACAAUAUCCCACCAUCCGGUCUUAAGGUCUCCCCGUUGGGCAACACAUUACAAUUUUGUUAACGUACAAAGGUUUAAAAGCCAAACUUGUAAUCGAUUGUAAAUUGUCUUUAGUCUGACCAAUCAUCUGUGGAUCCUCUUAGCUGCAGGGGCGAGGCAGGUUUUUUCAUCCUCAGAGAUUUGAUGAAUUGUGAAUUGGGGUCACGGUUCAAUGGAAUCAUAGAUUCGUCUUGUUUUGCCUUGUGUAUACCGUCUCAUUUGUAUUGUCUGUCUCGAAUGUUCCAGCUCACUUGGUCGGUCUCUAGUCACGUAAAUAUACACUGGCGUCUCGUCUGCACCAAUGAUAAAGAAUGGAUUCUUACACACGACGAGAAACAUCUUUCACGAGCUUAAGAUUAAUUGCAAUGUGCAAGCGAUCCGUGAUUUGACCAGUUUUCUGCAGAACUUUGGAGGAUACACAGAUAAAUGAUGAUGACCGUGACGUGACGGCACCCGCUAUAUUAGUUCUGUGAUAAAGUUCAUGAGCGGCAGGUGGUUUGGGUUAGCAGGGCUUAGCCCCCUCUGACCUAUUUACCAAAUGGUGCUAUACAGGGACUCCUCGACUUACGAAUGAGUUAGGUUCCGGAGGUCUGUUCGGAAGUCGAUUUGUUCUUUAGUCUAACUUUACUCCUGUCGAUUCCAAAAUGUUGUACGGCAUGCACACUAAACACGGGGAAUGGCUUUAAAAGUUGUAUAAUCUGUAGAUGCCACUGCUUCUUCAUGGUCUACAGAUGUAGAUGCCACCACCCCCAUCUAUUGCGCGGCGGUUGAACUUACGACUCUCGGUCUGAACAGGCAACUGGACAUUCGGACAGGUUUGUUCGUAAGUCAAAUGUUCGUAAGUAGAGGAGUCCCGUACAUGGCAAUGGUUUUGUCCCACUGGAAGAUUCGUGACCCAGGUCACGCUUGCAAACGCGACUCAUCCUAGUGUCUGGAGUUCUCGCAUGGUUAAACAAAACAAGCUAAGUUGGAGAUAUAGCAUUUCACACUUACUACCUAUCACACUAUUUUAAACAAACGCUGUCUUGCCAAUUUCAAAGGAGUUGUGUUUAUGUGUAGGCAAAUCUCCAUGCUCAUCGUGGGUCAGGACCCGGAACCGGAUUUUUCAUUGCAAAUUAUUUUGGUGAUACUGUGUUGGCAGUGGUGCACAAAUACUUAAAAGAGGCAACUUUUUCAGCAAUGGCCCAUCUUCAUAGCACCACACACGUACAAAUGGAUAGGCCGGAGAGCUAUAGUGGAUAAGAGUUGGAGACCGUACAAUAUUAUUACAAGAUCAACAUGAUCUUCAUGCCACUCAGAAGGAGGGGGCAUCAGUUAACCAUAUAUUUUGAGAGAAAAUGGUCAACGCCACAGUAAAAAAAAACACUCCCUCGGAUGCAGGUUGUCCCAUUGCCUGGCUGUUCAGCUGCAGAAAACGAGACGGUAAACGUGAAGCCUGCAUUACUGCGUAACUUGAAUAUUCACGAACGUACAACAUCAAGUGCAUCGACGUUAGUGCUGUGAAUGUUACGUUUUUAAUAAAACAUUGACGAACA